GUAAUCAAUUCACUAGGAAGACCAAUAAAUACUAUGCCCAAAACAAAUUAUGCUUUUCCUUUUCCCUCAUCAACCGUGUGAGAUAUCUGUAUCUUCAAGGAACAGCAUUUUGUGAGAUGCAUGAUGGCUCAAGAGUUGCCCAUGAAGGGUGCAAGGAAAACUGAAGAAGGCAAAGGAGAAUCAUGCAACCCAACCCUCCUGGCUUCACUCAGAAUCAGAUUCUGCAGCACAAAGACUCGGAAAGAAGAAACAGAGAAGGAAUCCACCCAUAAAUAUAUCCCACUUUCAGCUUUAUAGCUUCCCUUUUCAAGCAUCUUCUCCGCCUGCCACAAGCCAUUUCUGCUUGAUGUCACACACACACCAGUUCAUCUGCAUGACUAUGAGAAUGAACAUCGACUGCGAUGGCUGCUACCGAAAGAUCAGGAGAGCUCUUCUGCAAAUGCAAGAGUUGGAGAGCCAUUUGAUCGAGAGGAAGCAGUGCAGGGUCAGCGUGUGCGGGUCGUUCGUCCCCCAGGAUAUGGCGAUCAAGAUCAGGAGGAAGACGAAUCGACGGGUGGAGAUCUUGGAGAUCAAGGAAGUGGAGGUAGGCCAUGAUGCCGGCACAGAUCCCAAACCCUCGUGAAUUAUAGCCGAUCCCAAACCCUCAUAUAAUGCAUACCAGACACAUGGUAAGGUGUAAUAUUUCCUUGAAAGAAGGAUCAUUUGCUAUCA